CUUAAGGAAGGUAUUAUAUCAAAUCUAAACCUGAAACCCAUCGGAAAAGGAAAAUAGUUCUUUUCUUUUUAUUGAGGCUCAUGACCUUAACAUAUAUAUAUAUAUAUAGUGUCGGUAAUUUAGAAAAUCUAAACUUUUUUUUUCUUACAAAAUCUAAUUUCUCUCUGAAGAAACACUAACAAUGACGACUAUCUCAGAUCUUUCGUUGGAUUUAGUAGAGAAGAUAGUCUAUAGGGUUCCCAUAACUAGUAUAGGAGCGGUGAGAUCCACUUGCAAACUAUUGAACCGUUUAUGCAAAAAUCGGAUUUGGCUUUACCUAGAAGAAAAGAGGCAUCAGUUUCUAGGGUUCAUGGUGAAGAAUUAUAAGCUUUGUUUGAUCAAAUUCUAUCUUCAUGGAAUACUCGACGAAGAAGAAUUUGUGGAUCCAUCUAUAAAGGAGAUCAUCGGGGAUUCACUACUUAAUCAAGUCGAUGUAACUAAAGUCUUCCAUUGCGAUGGCUUAUUGUUAUGCGUCACCAAGGACAAGGAGGAGGUGGACAGAACUAGCCUCGUGGUCUGGAAUCCCUAUUUGGGACAAAUCAGGUGGAUCCAACGACCAAGAAAUAACUACGACAGGUUAGACAGCUAUGCUCUCGGAUAUGACAAGAAGAAGAACCGUAAACAUAAAAUCUUGAGGUUCUUGGAUGAUAACAUAGGAAACAAUGUUUUUACAUACGAAAUUUAUGAUUUCAGCUCUGAUUCAUGGAGGGUUCUUAAUAUCACUCCGGACUAUGACACUACGUUUUUUCAACGCGGCGUGUCUCUUAAAGGAAAUGCUUAUUUUUUCGCCACAGAAAAAUUAAGAGUAGUAACAGAAGAAGAAUACACACCAGAGCCUCAUAAAUUUUUAAUCUGUUUUGAUUUCACAAUAGAGAGUUUCGGACCACCUCUGCCUCUACCGUUUAACCUCUAUACUGGAGAUACUGGGACUUUGUCUUCUCUUAGAGACGAGAAACUCGCAGCUCUAUAUCAGUGUUGUGAUAUGGCCGAGGUGGAGAUUUGGGUGACAACUAAGAUUGAGGAGCCUAAUGCAUUGUCGUGGAUCCCCUUUUUAAGAAUUGACUUGGAACCAUUCACAGGUUUUGAUUUACAGUUUCAGCAUGAUGGUGCGAGUUUCUUUAUUGAAGAGGAGAAGAAAAUCGCUGUAGUUUUUCAUUUAGACAGUUCUGAUCAAAUGACCUACUACGACUCAGAUCAUGAAGACCUCAUUGGAGAGAAUGGAUCAUCUGAAAUUACCUGCAACGACACAGCUUACAUCAUUGGAGAGAAUGGAUAUUUUCAAAAGGUGGGUCUUGGAGAAGGUGUGAGUGACCCAAGCCCACUCAACUUUGGAGAAUACUGUCCACUUGUGUGCUCUUCUUCUUAUGUUCCAAGUUUAGUGCAAAUCAGCCACCAAUUUGCAGGAGACAACAAUUAAUAAGCAAAGAGAAGCAAAAGAAGAGAGGUCAUCACUCUUUUCUUUCUAUCAUCUCUUUUCAUUCGUUUUUUUUUUUUUUGCAAUGUCUUUUGGACAAGACUGAUUGUAUUGUGUUAUUUCUCGUUUUUGGUUUUAGCUGAUCAGAAAUUUGAUUGUUUUAUUUUGCUCUUUAUCUUCAGUUUCAGCAGAUAAAUGAAACCAUAGAAAGCAUAUAGUAGCAUUCUCUGUAGCAUAGUGCAUUCUCCCAAUGAGAAAACCAAAUGCAAGGAGCAUCAUGGUUUUAGAAAGUUCUUCUAAUGAAUCAUGUUAUCACUAGAAUUAUUAGACAUUCUUUCUAGAAAAGAAGAAAAUAAAAUUAAUUUGUUCUAUUAUAAACAUUUCUUUUGUAGUAUCAACAAAAUUGCAAGAGGCAAAAGGAAUAGACUCACAAGAUGGUACAAAUUGAAGUUGAAGAUACAUCUAACUUUAGAAUCAUUUCAGAGGAAAAAAACCUAUGUACAAGAAAAGUUAAUUCACCACUUUACUUAUUUUCUUCCGAUAAAAAUAAAUUUAUCAAUACAAACCAACACACUUAUGGUUUUGUCUGUGUGUUUGGGUUCAUUUAGACAACAUUUUAUGUAGAUGAGCACAAAAAGAAUUGAAAAGAGAGUUAAGAAAGAAAAAAAACUCUCCUAAAGCAAGAACAAAGCUUCUAAGUAAU